ACCAAUCCUGUACGGAUCAAAUUAAUGAAGAAAAUGGAGCCUCUGACAACACUCUACCCUGCUCAAAAUCAUAAAAACACCCACUCUCACUCUCACAUUCACUCAUUAUUCCAUUUUUCAUAAUGGCUCAUCUUUCUUCCUCUUCCAAAUUACUCCAUUUCUUCAUCUGUUUCAUUCAGCUUUCUUUUCAUGGCUACUCAGUCACACACUGGGAAGACAUACAAUCUCUCAAACACUUCCGUAACGACGUCGUCUCCACCUCUAUAACUCCCGGCUCCUGCUUGUCCACCUGGGACUUCACCCUCGACCCAUGUGAUUCCCUCUCCACUGAUAAGUUCACAUGCGGCAUCCGAUGCGACGUCCUUCUCUCCAACAUUUCCCGAGUCACCGAACUCACUCUCGACCAGGCGGGUUAUUCCGGUACACUCACUCCUUCAUUAAACCUUCCUUACCUUCAAACACUAGACCUCACUAACAACUUUUUCACCGGUCCAAUCCCCUCUUCAUUUUCAAAGCUAACUCGGUUAGUCCAACUCAGUCUCUCGUCCAACUCCUUCACCGAGUCGAUCCCUGACUCACUCCCCGACUCACUCGAAGAACUACUUCUCGACAAUAAUAAUCUCACUGGGCCCAUCCCACACACACUCAACAAUUUAAAAAACUUAAAAAGACUCGAACUCCAAGGAAACAAACUCACUGGCGAGUUCCCUAACCUGAGUCAACUCAGUAACCUUAACUUCCUCGACGUCAGCAACAACCUCAUCUCCGGCGACCUUCCGGCGACGUCGACGGUGACAUUUCCAGUCAACUUAAUCGAACUAACAAUGAGAAACAACUCUCUUCAAGGGAAUAUUCCGGCGAGUUUAGUUAACAAUUCCGUUUAUCUUCAAGUACUAGACCUGAGUUACAACAACCUCUCCGGUACCAUCCCGCCGGAGCUUUUCACUCACCGGAGUUUACAACAGCUAACACUAGCAAACAACGAGCUCCGGUGGGUUGAAACUCCGGCGAACUGGGGUUCCAACAGUGAGUUAAUUGCAGUUGACUUGAGUAAUAAUGAUAUCCAUGGGUUUUUACCCGGGUUCAUGGGUUGGAUGCCGAAGUUAACGGCGUUAUCUCUGGAGAAUAAUAAGUUUUCCGGCAUGAUUCCGACGCAGUAUGCGGUGAAGGCGGUGGCGGAGGAUAAUGGGUUUGAGAGGUUGUUGUUGGGUGGGAAUUAUCUGUUCGGGUUGAUACCGGGUCCGUUGUUGAGGUUGAAGGCCGGGUCGGGUGUGACGAUCCGGUUGGGGGGUAAUUGUUUGUAUGAAUGUCCUGAGAGUUUUUAUUUUUGUGGAGGGGUGCAGAAAAGUUUGGUGGAGUGUAAGAGUUUUACUCCGGUGAUUCCAUGAGAUUAAUUUUUGUAAGGGUGUUGUAGUAAUGUAUUUAUUUAUAUUUUAUUUGUUAAAAAAUAUUUAUAUUUGUUUGGCGUA